AUACCUUAAAGAACCUCUUCUUCAAGGUCUCUUCCGACCAACACUCUGUCCUUUUUAUAAAUUCCCUCUGUUUUUCGUUUUUCUCUUAAAUUUUCUCGAUUGAUGCCCAAAAACUAAACCCAUUUCAAAAUCCAACACUUACCCAUUUCACCAAAUUGCCAUAUCAUUUUCAGGCCAUCUUUCUUUUGUUCAAAUUUACACAAAAGUUUCGAGCUUUUUUUUUUUUUUUUGGAUGGAGAUUGAGCUUGUUGUCACUUGCGAUUGCUGUGGGCUGAAAGAAGAUUGCACACAGUUCUAUAUCAGUGAAGUUAAGGCUAAAUUUGAAGGAAAAUGGCUUUGUGGGCUUUGUUCUGAAGCUGUUAGAGAUGAAGCUAAACGAAGCAAAAAACCAUUGGUGGGAAAUUUGGAAGAAGCUGUCAAUGCUCACAUGUCGUUUUGUAGGAAAUUUAAAUCUAAUCCUGCUGUUCGUGUCGCUGAUGGAAUGAGGCUUAUGCUUAGGAGGAGAUCCAGCGAUGUUUCGUCUUCGUCGCCAUCGUCUUCUUCUUCGGCUAAGAAGUAUGCGAGAUCCGCUAGCUCCUCUCAGGUGGGUUUCGACAUGUCGUCUCUGUCGCUCUACUGAUUCUGUAUUCUCUUUUGGAGGCUUUUUAAUUAUUUAUUUAAGACUCAGUUUGAUAAUCGUUUGAAUUUUGGUUUUUAGCUUAUAGAUUUUGAAAACUCAGAGAA